CCCUCCGCGGGCAGCGACAGAGAUUUCCUCCGCUGCACUGAUCUGCCCGCGAGCUUUGUCCUUAGAUAGCGUUUCAUUAGUCAACGUCUGCCCGCUGACCGCUCAGCUCGCGCGCCUUACUAAGGGCUUCCAUAACCCUAACCUGCCACGAUGAGAGUUUCUGCGCCGGUCUCUCCGCCGGUUCUCUCCGCGCAAGACGCACGCCACAAGCUCUCGCGUUCUCUCGCUUCUCGUGGUCACGGACCGUGAUCGCGCCGUAUUCGAUUUGACAGCCAGACAAAGCCGGCAGACACAUCUUCAUACUCUUUAGCUCCUACCAGGCCUGCUUCCCCCUCGGUCGUCCUGCCUCCGAGCCGCACUAUCGCUCGUCUACCACCGAUGUCGUCUGUCCCCGAUAGCGCACUCGCGGGCCAGACCCAGCAGCAGCUGCAUGCUCCGGCAGCUGCCGCUCCGUCUUCCACACAUGGAACACCAACCACCACCCCCAGCCGUCCGAACCCCGGACGCAAGCACCGCCCGGGUCUUACUCGCAUCCAAGUCGCCUGCGAGUACUGCCGUCGCCGCAAACAAAAAUGCGACGGAGCCGUGCCUGCUUGCAAUACCUGCGUGAAGACCAACAAAGAAUGCGUGUAUCCCGAUAGACUCACCUACCGCCAGUAUCCGCGCGGGUACGUUGAAAAUCUCGAGGAGAAAGUCAGGAGCCUCGAGGCCCAGCUCCGGGCAUCGCGGGAACGGAAUCGCAACGAGAGCGAGGGCGCCAACUCUGAAUCUCCGUCCGUCCAGAGCCCUCCAGAUGACGACGCUGGCACAGAGUCGCUUAUUGCCGACGUGGGCUAUUUGUCACUCGAGGGCGCUUCAGAACGACGAUAUCUCGGCAGCUCGAGCGGCGUGCACUUUGCGCGAAUCCUACAGUCAACCUUCAAAUGGUCUGAUUCGUCGCGGGCGCAAAACUCGACACUACCCUUCGACGGCCGCGUCGAGUCCGUUUCCUACAGCUCCGAGCUUCCGCCUGCGAUCGACGCGCUACCGAACCGUGCUUCGGCAGAGACGCUCGCCGAUUCGUUUUUCGCCACGCGAUGGCCUCAGCAUCCGUUUAUUCACCGGCCGCAUUUUUUCGUUAAUCAGUUUGAAAACACGUUUAUGAUGAAUGACGUCAAGGCACCCAGUAGCGACACGUUCAUCACUCUCAUGAUCCUUGCCAUCGGCGCGAUCGAUAUGCGCAAGCUCAAGAUCAGACACCAGUACGAGCCGCUGCAGUACUACCAGACCGCGAUGGAAUACCACAUCGACGCACUAAUCGCCGGCGACGAUCUGCAGUCUAUCCAGGGCCUGAUUCUUCUCACCAUGUUUGCGAUCAACGAGCCGCGCAGUUUGAACGUGUGGCAUGUCGUGGGAAUCAUGAUCCGGAUGUGCAUCGACAUGGGUCUCCACCGCCAGCCAAGCAGCAGCAUCCCGCUGUACCAGCGCGAGAUCCGAAAGCGAAUAUUCUGGUGCGCGUAUAUAUUUGACCGAAGCGUGUCGCUCGCGCUCGGCCGGCCGGUCACGAUUGCGGAUUCCGACAUCAACGUUGACUUGCCGCUCAACUUGUCGGACGACGACUUGCUUCGCAUUUCGGAGGAGCAGCAGGAUUGGUCGCCUCAGGCGAUCCAGCGGCGCGAUUCUCAGCUCAGCAUUCCGUCGAAGCCGCCGUCGCCGCUGGACAUGUCUGCGUUUUUGCACAUCAUCCGUCUUCGACAGCUGAACGCGGAGAUUCAGCUCAACUUUUAUCCUGCCAGACCUGAGAAUAUCCAGUCGCCGGCUGUGGCGGAGGAGAAGCGCAAGUCGAUCCGGAAGAGUCUUGAGGAAUGGAUCCGUAGUGCUCCGGUGUAUACGUUGCAGACGCAGAGCACGUUCCAGUCCACGGAGUGGUUUCAGAUUGCGUACCACAACUCUCAGAUCCUGCUGCACCGACCUUCGCCUGCUAUCCCGACCCCUACACUGGAUUCGAUGAAGACGUGCUAUGUUUCGAGUGUCAGUCUGAUCAACGCGUACGUCGCGCUCUACUCACAGAACCGCGUGACCUACACCUGGGUUGCGCUACUCGGUCUUUUCAUGGCGAGCGUGACCAUGCUCUACACGCUGUGUUCGAGUGCUGAGAUUCGCGCAAUGACAAACUCGGAGACGGUGGAGCAAAACAUCCGAUCGUCGAUUUCGCUCUUUGAGGCUAUGAGUGAUAUGUGGCCGAUUGCGAAUCGGUGCAUUUUCGUUAUCGAGAGUCUUAGUCCGCGCACAUUGGCGAUGUUUAAUCAACAGCUUCAGCAAGACCAGCAGCAGCAACAUCAGCAAACAGCUUCAGCGCCACUGUCAUCAUCACUACCACAUCAGCCGCUCUCUGAUCCGAUUCCGUCCUCAGCUCAAUCGAAUAUGAGCGUGUCACCUAUGGGUACUGCAUAUGCACAGGAGCAUAUUAUGGCACAAAGCACCGUUCUCCCUAUCGAUACUCAUGUGUACCAGGCUGGGUCUGAUGGGGUUGGUCCGAUAAAAGAAGAACCGCUGAUGGAAAACCCGCAAAUGAUGAACAAUUGGUACGGCAAUGAUUCCGUGAACGUUUACAAGACAAACUACGACACCGGGCUGGUCGACAAUUCAGUGUACGUGCCCACCUCUGGCGAUAUUAAUAUGGCCCACGAUCCGCUCGCGCACACAGACCACUACCCAGAUCUAGCGAUGCAUGCGCUCUACCAGACAAAUCCGGUGCCAAACGCGAUGGCAGGCCGCAUGCCGACGACCAACAACCUGCCUGCGUCCCAGUACGGACCGAUGGGAUUCGACGGUGUGCUGACGGAUUCGAACGGGAACCCGGUGAUCGACAUGGGUUAUCUGAACAGUUUGUUUGAUAUUGCAUCUUGAGACCAAAGCUUGAUUUAAAAAAAUAUUGUAUUUAUUCUAUUG